AUGCCUUCUUUGACCCCAGCCAUGGUUAACGGGCUCAAUGGCAGCCAUGCCAAUGGCACCGGCAAUGGUCACAGUCAUGCAUCUGAUUCUGGUUCGGAAACAUCUGGCGAAUCGAGCAACGGCAGCGGCCCUCGUCGCAUGAAACUGAACCGCAAAAUGUCCAGCCCUAUGGCACCUCCUUUCAUGGUAUCAGCACCAGGAAAGGUCAUUGUUUUUGGAGAACACUCUGUUGUUCAUGGCAAGGCAGCCAUCGCCGCAGCCAUUUCUCUGCGGUCAUACCUGCACGUUACCACCCUUUCCAAGUCGAAACGAACCGUCUCGCUCCGAUUCGCCGAUAUCGAUCUCGUUCACACCUGGAACAUCGAAGACCUACCGUGGGAAACGUUUCAACAGCCAUCCAAGAAGAAGUCGUACUAUUCUCUCGUAACAGAGCUCGACCCCGAUCUUGUCGCCGCCAUUCAACCACAUAUCGAAGUUGUUUCCCCUAACCAUCCAGAGGAAAUCCGAAGAGUGCACCACAGCUCCGUGUCAGCCUUCCUAUAUCUUUUCUUAUCGCUCGGAUCCCCUUCAUUCCCUCCUUGUCUUUAUACUCUUCGCUCGACAAUACCGAUCGGUGCUGGCUUGGGCAGUAGCGCAUCGGUUUCAGUAUGCAUUUCGUCUGCUCUUCUUCUACAGCUACGGACGCUGUCCGGUCCUCACCCUGAUCAACCUGCAGAUGAGGCUCGACUUCAAGUCGAAAGGAUUAAUAGAUGGGCGUUUGUGUCCGAAAUGUGUAUUCAUGGCAACCCUUCAGGCGUUGACAAUACCGUUGCGACACAAGGAAAGGCUGUGGUGUUCCAACGAACAGAUUACUCUAAACCACCAAAAGUUCGCCCACUGUGGGACUUUCCCGAACUACCUCUGUUGCUAGUAGACACUCGCCAGGCCAAGUCCACUGCACACGAGGUCGCAAAGGUCGCAAAGCUCAAACAAACCCAUCCUAAGCUUGUGAACAGCAUUUUAGAUGCCAUGGACAAGGUCACUGAUGCUGCUUCCGAACUAAUUGAAGAGAAAUCUUUUGAUAAUGAAUCUGUAGAGGACCUUAGCAAGGUUGGUGAGCUGAUGACCAUCAACCAUGGCUUGCUAGUAUCGCUAGGUGUUUCCCACCCACGCCUAGAACGAGUACGAGAGUUGGUCGACCACGAGGGCAUCGGAUGGACCAAGUUGACUGGCGCUGGUGGUGGUGGCUGCUCCAUUACCCUUCUCCGCCCCGAUGUUCCUGCUGAGAAACUUCAGAAGCUUGAAGGACGGCUUGAAGCCGAAAACUACGCCAAGUUCGAGACCACACUUGGAGGCGAUGGUAUUGGUGUUCUUUGGCCAGCUGUACUCAAGAAUGGCACUGAGGAAGAUGACGAGGGUGGUAUGGAGAUUGAUUUGGAGAAGUUCCUUGAGGCUGAAGGUACCGAAGGUGUCGAGAAGCUCGUUGGAGUACAUGGUGAUACCGGAGAAAGAGAAGGCUGGAAGUUUUGGAGAGUGGAAAGCCAGUGA